CCGCCACAACAACAUCAGCAGGAGGCGACGGCAGGCGCGGAGCAGCGAGCUCCCCGGGCGGGCACUCGGGUGGCCCUGUGUCCAUCGGGAGCACCCAGGAGCAGGGGAGAGCGGGAGUCACCGCCCCCUUGACCUCCCCUCGCUCCGACACCAGCCUCUCAACCGGCAUAUUAAAAAAUAAAAGGGGCGGAAUGGCGGCAAAUAUGUACAGGGUCGGAGACUAUGUUUACUUUGAAAAUUCUUCCAGUAAUCCUUACUUAAUAAGAAGAAUAGAAGAACUCAAUAAGGUAUUUUAAAUGUACUGCCAGCGGUAAUGUGGAAGCAAAGGUGGUCUGCUUUUAUCGGCGCAGGGACAUAUCAAACAGUCUAAUAGUACUCGCAGAUAAACAUGCAAAGGAAAUGGAAGAAGAAUUGGAGACUACAAGUAUUUUAGACUUGACAGAAAAGCAAAGACAUCAGCUUAAACACAGGGAGAUAUUUCUAUCACGCCAAUAUGAGUCACUUCCUGCCACUCAUAUCAGAGGCAAAUGCGGUGUUUCACUUUUGAACGAAACAGAAGCAGUGGCCAGCUACUUGGAAAAGGAGGAUAGUUUUUUCUACUCGUUGGUGUAUGAUCCUUCACAGAAGACGCUCUUAGCAGACAAAGGGGAAAUACGUGUAGGUACUCGAUACCAAGCUGAUAUUUCAGACAUGCUGAAUGAAGGUGAAUCAGAUUCCAGAGAUCAAUCGAAGAUGGAAGUUAAGGUUUGGGAUCCUGACAACCCUUUGAGUGAUCGACAAAUAGAUCAGUUCCUGGUAGUUGCACGUGCUGUGGGUACAUUUGCUAGAGCUCUGGAUUGUAGCAGUUCUGUCAGGCAGCCAAGUUUACAUAUGAGUGCAGCAGCUGCUUCAAGGGACAUUACUCUGUUUCACGCAAUGGACACUUUACACAAGCACAACUAUGACUUGACAAAUGCAAUCAGCAUCUUAGUGCCACAGGGUGGUCCUGUUCUGUGCAGAGAUGAAAUGGAAGAAUGGUCAGCAUCUGAAGCUAGCCUGUUUGAAGAGGCAUUGGAAAAGUAUGGCAAGGACUUCAAUGACAUCCGGCAAGACUUUUUGCCAUGGAAAUCACUGACCAGUAUCAUAGAAUACUAUUAUAUGUGGAAAACAACAGACAGAUAUGUCCAACAGAAACGCCUCAAGGCAGCUGAGGCAGAGAGCAAACUGAAACAGGUGUACAUUCCAACAUACAAUAAACCUAAUCCCAAUCAGAUAUUGAAUGUUAAUGGAAAGCCUGCUGUGGCGAAUGGUCCAGUUGGAGGGAUGGUUUAUCAAAACCAAAACUCAAGUUUAGGCCGACCGUGUGAGAGUUGUUACACCACACAGUCUCAACAGUGGUUUUCCUGGGGACCUCCAAAUAUGCAAUGUAGACUUUGUGCUUCAUGUUGGACAUACUGGAAGAAAUAUGGUGGUCUAAAGAUGCCUACUCGAACAGAAGCAGAGAAAAUGUCGCCACCACAUGAUGUUUCGGAGCCACGUGUAAGAGGCAUCUUUCGUCAUGGUCAACCAGGGCAUGGUGUACCAAUGCAUAUCGAUAGUCCAAAGUCUACGUUGAAGACACGACAGUCUUUCUUUCUGCAGACAACACGUCUUACAAAACUUGCCAGACAUGUUUGCAGAGAUAUUUUGCAGCUGAAACAGGCAGCAAGGAGACCAUUUGUUCCAAUUAACUGUGCUGCCAUUAAGGCAGAAUGUGCUGCUAGGUUUCCAGAUGCAGCGAAAAGGCCACUGAAUAUCAAAGAGCCAUUGAGGAAGCCUCUGGCAAGUGUUAUCAAGUAUCUAGAAGUGCAUCCUGCUGUAAAGCCAAAGGUGUUCAGAACUGUACCAAGCAUCACUUCUGGGAACUCAAGUCAAUCACCAAAACGGCUAUUUACGAUUCAAAACCACGGCUCUCCAACUAUUCUAGGAAAACGAAGCUACACCCAGCAAAAUGGUGUGGAUGGGAAUGUGAAAAAGCGACUUUUGACGCCUUAUAGGGAUAUUGCAAGUCAUACACAAGGAACUUUAAUAAACGCUGAUCAUUUCCCAUACUUAUCUAAUGGAAAAGGAAUGUCGACUGGAAUCAAUGUAAUCCAGCCUGGUACUGUUCCAGUGAUCAAGAGACAACGGCCUAACUGGAUUGAUGCACCUGAUGAUGGUUUUUUUAAAGUUACCGAGAAAACAAGGAAGAUUCGUAAACUACUGUCGCCUUCUGAGAUGAGGAGAGCUUCUAGGAGACCUUACCUCCCACUUAUCAUGCCAUCCCCUCAGCCGCCUUUGACUUCUAAUCAAUGCAAACAAUCCAACAUUGCAGAAGCAAUUGUCAUUACAGACUGAGAACAUGAAAUUGGUGGAUUUAGUCAGUCAAAUUUAUCAAGAAUAGAGCAUUGAAGCUAUAGAUCACAUGGAUUUCCUAUCAGGCCUUUACAACUUUGUUAGUUGUUGUUAAGAAGAAUAAGGAAAUAGUAUCAAUAUUUUAAUGGCAAUGUUGUUUUGCCACUCUCUCCAGCGGAUGAAUAUUCUUAUUGUUACAUUUAUAUUAUUUUCUAGUGCUUUCAGAACAAUGGUGAGACAUUUUGCUGUCUUAUAUAUUUUAUUUGUGCAUUAGAUUGAUUAUACAAGUAGCACUGAAGUACUUUAAUAUGUUUGUUAAUAUGCUUUUUAGAAGUACUUACCAGUGUAUAUAUCGAUCAGGGAUGUCCAAGUUUGUCUCAAGGCUUUUAAACCCAAACAAUCCAAUCGUCCUUUUGUUUAUAUUCCGUGAUUGCUAGGUUGCCCUUCUUGAAUUAAUCAACAUCGAGUUUUAAAAAGGAAACACAAGAGACUGCAGAUGCUGGAAAUCUGGAGCACGAAGGAGCCGGAGGAACUCAACGGGUCGGGCAGCAUUCGUGGAGGGAAAUAAACAGUGGCCUUUUUGGAACUGGUCAGUUUUGAUGAGUGGUUUUGAAAAUCUAUUGUUCAUUUCCUGACCUGCUGAGUUCCUCUAGCUCCUUUGUGUGGCAUAAUAUUGUUCCGUCAUUGAUGGACGAUCCUAAGCCAUAUUUUGGUAAUGGCAACUGCAGGCAGAUACAAAUUUCUGAAUUGUAUAUAAAAUGUAUAUCCAGAUUCCAGUGGAAAUCACCUUAUGAAGUCUACACAGAUAAAACCUUACGCAGAAACAAUUCAGGCCUUAUCCUUGUUUACAGUUCAUCAGGGCUCAAAACCCAAAGUGUGUGUGUCUAGGUCCCUCUCAAUCAUCUCAUCUUCAGCACCAAGAAAAAAAUGCCCCAAGAUCGAAGGGCUUCAGCACGAGCUCUGCCUGCUGUGUAUUUGUGGUGUUCUUCCAGACAAGAAAGAGAAAACAGCAUUUUGUGCUUCACUACAGCACAAAUGACAGCUAAGCUAAUUAAGUAAUAUAUUGGGAAACAGCUGGUUUGUAAUUAGCAUCUGUUUUGUGGUUUAUCUGAUUAAGCUGUGUACAAUGGUAAUUAUUGAGAUUAUAGCUGGAGCUGUAGUUACAGUUUUAUCCAUGUGCAUGGACUUCAGUAGACAAAUAUUUAAAAUGGGGGGAAAAUGACAAAUGGAAGAACCUAAUUAUACUUGCAUUCAGUGACUAACGGUAAAAUGGAGUUUGUGGCUAUGGCUUUAGAGAUACUUUUAUAUAUUUUUAAUAAAAGGAAAUAUAACCAGGUCCAAUAUUGCACCCAGAAUAUCAGGUACUGAAAUUCAAUGAAGUGUUUAUUGUUAACAAUGUAUUUAAAAGUUUUACCAUCUUGACUCUUGGUCUAUGUCCAAUUCAGACCUGAGCAGCUUUAUACCAAUAUUCCUUUGAUAGAGCGAUGGUUUAGAAGAUUUUGUGUUGUUUAGCAGUUAGAAGGUAAACAGUACAAAUGCCCUCAUCCUGCUGGGUGCAUUUUGGCUGAGCAACACAUGGACUUUCAUAUCGCCAGCUGUAUGAUGCUGCAGAGGAGCCUAACUUCCUUCAAUGUGAAACUGUUCCACAUGCCAUUUUCAAUGCAGAUACACCUCAAAGUUCAGACUUCAAUAAUCUGAAUUAAAACAAUGGUAAUUUAAUGAUUAAACAUACUAAUCCAGGAUCAUGCAGCCAAAUCAAAUCACUAUCUCUCCAGGUUGCUCUGAUGAUGAUACCAUCAGGAAAGAGCUGCAUGUGUUUCAGGGUUCCAUCUAUUUUGUUGCUGUCAGCCUAAUUAUCUACAAUAUCUCAAACCCUUAGCAACCUUUAAUUUUUCUUUGAACACAACUUCAUCUUAUGAAUUUAGUGGAAAGCUGAAACUCUGUAAGGGCAGGAUAACAUCAGUAAAUCUCAAGGACUGGUAGAAUUGUUGGGGAAUAAUAGGAAAGCAAUGUUUAAGUCAUAUUUAAAUGACUCCUUGUGCAUCUUUUGGAGAAGAGUCUGGGUGCAUGUGAGUAACCUGCUUGUGAGGCCAGGGUGAUAAAUUUUCCAUGCUGAUGGGGCAUUUGAGAACAAACUUCAGCAGACGAGACUUGGGGAAGCUCAUCAGUAAGAAUAAGUGCUCUUUGCUUUCAUGCUGUUUUCUUAGUUUCCACUAGCAAAUAUUUUGUAAUGGCUUCCUGUGAUCAUAAACAUUUGGGAACUUUCAGUUAGGCACCUUCAGAAUAGGCCUGAAAAAAGUUAGGGAACAAAUAUCAUGGAAGCUUUCGAUCACACAAGGAACAUAAAUGUGGUAAUAGGUUGCACAGCAAAGAAAUCCACAACUGACCUGGGGUAAUAGGAGAGCAAAGCAAGUAGAGGAGAGAGGACACUGGAGGUUUUGUGUAUGUGAAGCGUCUAUGCACAGAUAUUUGGCUACCUUAAAGUGUAUGGAAUAGCGCUUGUUUGCACUAGGAUUGACAGGGUAGGUGAUCACAGACAUCUGUUGCCUUGUUCAAGAAGAGCUGCCUGCUGCUGAGCCUGAUUUCUCUGUCAUUUUGUAAAUCACAUUCAAUUUCUUUGCCUCCUAGACAUCGCGGAUCCUCAAGGACCUCUCUUGGUAGCACUUAAAUACACAGAAUAGGUUACAAGUGCAUAGUUUGCUGAGUGCUCAUCUACUCUGCAGGUGGUCAGAUUAGCAUCUCUGGCUGGCAUCCCCCUGGUGCAGAGUACCAUUGAUUAAAACUUUGAUCUUCUGCAAGUAAUUUCCUUCCAGCAGUGCACUAAUGGUGUGCAAUCACAAGAAAAGGUCCAUCCAGAUCCAUGUGUGCCUGCUUCCCGGGGAUGCAUCAUCCAACGUCCAGCACUGCAUUUUUCUUUGCAGUAAGGAGUUGACCGAGGGUGGGCUCACUGUAUGUUUUGGGAAAGAUGUGACUACUAGCUAAGUCACUGAGCAAGUCUUACUGAAGAUGCACCUCUAGUACUUGCAAUUGUGCUCAAAAUAUUCCUCAGUGCUGACGGGUAAGUGUAACAAGACUGAUAGUCUUGUGCUGCAUUAGCACCACAUUGCACUGUGUUAUGUAUUACAGUUAGAUGAUAGCUCAGUGCUCAUCACCGAUGGUGUACUUGUUAGAUGGGGAAAGCUUCAAAAAAAUGCUUCCCAGGUACUUUAAAACCUUGAAAAUUCUGCUAACGACUUUCGCCAGGAAAAAUAUUAAAUUUAAAUUCUCCAACCCCCAUCAUCUCCUAUAAACUAGUCCAUCAACCAAGUGUAUUAUGUUGCUCAUUCCCCAAUGGGAACCAUCAGUCUUCAUCCUCGGACCUUUUCAAGGUUUAGAAAAUGCUGGUAAAACAAAUACAGCAAUGCAGAUGUUACAAAUGAAGACCUGAAUCGAGAUUGAAACAUUGCAUUUUCUGGCCUUGAUAUGCCCUUAAAUACUGACAGUAACUAAAUCAGGAUCUCCUCCAUGAGUGGGAAAUUCAAAACAAUGUGAUAAAGGCUAUGUAUUGCACAUUAUUAGCCAGUGAAUAAGCCAUAGUGACCUGCACUUCUUCAGCUGAGGAAUCACAAAACUCAGCAAACUCUUCUGAAGCUCUGUGGCAUGCAGAAUUCAUCACUCUUGAUUGCAUUAUCAAAUUUAUGUUAUAAAUGACCUUUCAUGAUGUAAAAUGACCCAGGUCAGCUAGCACUGAAAACAAUAUUGGUUAAAAAAGAGAAGUGGAACUAUGAAUUUAUGUAACUUUGAUAGUUUUCUACACACACCUGCACUCUUUGAUCCAGUCAUAGUUUGGAUCCCACCUGCUCCUGUAUUAGGGAAACAAUCACUCACCAGAAGCUCACGAGCACAUUGAGUGCUGGUGGGUUAGAGAACAGCCCAUGAAAAGUGAGCAUUUUUCACUUCUGUCUUCCCAGUACCAUCAUCUUGCUUUUAGACUGACAGCACAUUAUUCCUAUCACUGCAGGUGAACAGCUUGGUAGAGUUCUUUGAUGUUAAAGCAAACCUGUUGAUAUGUCUAACAUAUCUGCAAACAUUCUGCUUCUCUUUAUUGCGAGAGAAAUUGAGUUCAAGAGUGCAGGGAGCUUGUUCCAAUUGUCAGAGCACUAAAGAGACUGCACGAGCAUAUUAUGUAGAUAUCUGGUCUCUCUCUACCCAUGCUGGUUGUACUUGCAAUCGAGGGAAUGCAGCAAAGUUUCAGCAUAUUGAUUCCUGGGAUGAUAUGUUUGUCAUAUGUUAAGUUUACUUGACUGGGCUCAGGCUCUCCUGGGUUUAGAAGAGUGAAAGUUGAUAACAUUUUUUUUCAGCAUUGGGCUGAGUAGAAUAGAGACUCGAAAGGCUGUAGAUACAGGGAUGAUGUUUUCUUUGGCUGGAAUGUCUGGACCAGGGGGUGACAGUCUGAAAACUUUAAAAAAAAGGUCAUUCAGGAUAGAGAGGUGAAGAAACUUUGUACCAGAGGUUAGUAAAUCUGCAAUUCUCCACUUAACAGGGCUAUGGAGGCUUAGAUGCCAAUCUGCAGAGCAUUUAGAUAAAUAUUUAGAUAUUAAGAUAAUCAAGGGCUAUUUAGGAUCAUUGCAGGAAUAUAACACCAAAGUGAAAGAUCAGGCGUAAUUUUAGUGAAUGACCAAACACUUACGGGCAAUGGGGAUGGGGGGUGGAGGAUUUGUUGGUCAAAUAACUUAACAGUUGCUGCUUGUGGAAGAAAUAUAGAAUUAUUGUACAUAAUUACAAAUUAUUGCUAUAUAUUUGAAGAGUGUGAUAGAAAAGAAGUGAUUUGAAAUGGGUCAUGAUGAAGAAGCUGUGAUGUCUAUCACUACACUUGAGUUUCUUAUUGUUCAAUCACUGAAGAAAUAAUCUCGUUGUGUGUUCGAUGUGCUUAAGGCUGAACGUAGUUCCAAAUGGACAGAGAGCAAAUGAUAGAAUUCAACAGAGCUUGAGCCCUCUAUUCAAGCAUAGGGUUGAACAUGACUGAGUUGUAAGUGACUGAGAUUGAUUCACUGCAUUUCAUGUAUUUGUAAUGAUUCAUGACUAUUCCACAUUUCUUUACACUGAGAGAUGCUCCUGUGAUUCCAAUUUCCUUUGCCUUAUUUUCCAAAUGAUGCUUGGUGUACAAUUUGCGAGGUGUCAUGCAGCUCACCCCACCCAAUAGAUGAUCUAGUAUCGUGAAUAAUGUUGUUUAGCACCCAUGGGAUCCAAGUUUCCUCAUUGAUGAAGAACUGGAUAAACUAUUGUCACUGUUGUCCAGAGUCUGUCCUGUGUCAGGAGUUUUACAUAAGUUGUGGCAGAAAAUUCCUUUCCCCCUACAACCUUGCUCAAUCCUUUACAGGAUGGUAUAAGAACAGACCUGUGUACAUUUCACAAAGCCUUUACAAUGCUUUUAAGGAGAUGACUAUCUUGCAGUGGCAUCUCAGUACACAGGCAGUAGGACGAGUACAGCUGUAAAUAGAUGGGAAGAUGAGGAAGUCCAUUGAAAGUUAAGUCCCAAGGUAAAUGAGAUGGAUUCUGCUUAGUGAGAUAAGCAUUGGUUUGACAUGGUUAAAUUAUGAAACAACCGUUUCCAUCACCCUAACAUAAUAUUUCUGCUGCUUACCCCUUCUGCCAUCUUGGUGAGACAUGUAGAUUUGUUCCUUGUAUUGUGCUCCUUCUUCAUGACUUCACCCAGCAGCAAACAUGGAGGAGUAUCAUUAAGAUCUUGCUAAUCAUGACUGUGUUAAACAUGUCUUGCUGAAAUUGGAUUGCCUAGAGCUGUGCUGUGCAUUGCAUGUCAUUGAAACUGUUGUGUUUUAGUCCAUAGUAAGUGCAAUGACUAAUUCCAGGCCAUUUUGCUUGACUUAAAAAAUUUGACCAGGCCCAUUGCACUUUCAAACCAGAAGUGAUUUUUUUUAUAUAUUGUCAGACACGCAUCAAAUUAAAUGAUUCUCUGGACAGCAAUCUGGAGGGUGUUAGUGGAAGUUAAGUUCCUUGUCCCAGAUCAUUAGUUAUUCCCUGUGCUGGUUUGGAACCCUACUAAAUAGGUAGCAUGCUUCCAUUUAUCUUUUGUUCCUGUCUUUUUUUUAAGCUCUUCCUUCAAUUCUCAUCAAGGCCCUAUUUCUUCAGAUGAACUCACCACCCCAACCACCCUUUGGCUUGAUCACUAGCCUAAUAAUUAAUGGAUUUUGGAAGUACAUGGCAAUGCUUCCAUAAUUUCCAAGCACAUCCCCACUUCUUCAUUCCCCCUCCCCCCAAAAUGCUGCUGAACCCAUUUUGGCCCACUCCAUCCAGCCUACUUUUUCUCCUGCCACUAGUGAUCUCUUUCGGUUCAUGUUUUGUAACCUUAAACUAGAGAUAUUCGGAAUCAGAAUCAGAUUUAUUAUCACUGACAUAUGACAUGACUGUUGUUGUUUUGUGACAACAGUACAGUGCAAGGACAAAAAAUGUAUACAUUGCAGAUAAGGAAUAAUGAGGCAGUGCAGAGAUCUGAUGGCAGAGGGGAAGAAGCUGUUCCUAAAUCCUUGAAUAUUGGUUUUCAAGCUCCCUUGCCUCCUCCCUGUCAGUAGUAUUGAGGAGAAGGCAUGUCCUGGAAGGUAAGGGUCCUUAAUCAUGGAUGCUGCCUCUUGAAUAUGUCCAUUAACUAUCUGAAGCUGAUUGCUAUAAUAUAAACAUGUCAGGCAAAUGUUUCCAAUCAUUGCUGUAUUAAAUGGUUAAGUUUGUGAAUAAGUACAAAAAAAUGUUAAGUUGGGUGUACUUGGCAGUGUAGAAAAAAUUAUUAUAAUAACAUUGAAGAACUACAUUGGUAGAGAUCAGAUGAACAGUACUGCAGACCAGAAUGGCAACCAGUGGCGUGCUGGGAAACACUGCUUCCACAUGACACAAAGUGCCUACCUAUUAGAGGUAUUCCACAAACCCCUCCCCACCCCCCCACUUCUGCCACGAGCCGUUGCCAUUCAUUCCUAAUCAGAUUGCAGUAUUCUUUGCAACUGGAUAUGAUAUCUGCAAUAAUUGGCUUAGGGCUGAUCAUAAGCUGACUGUUGGCACAAUUGGUAAACUGCAUUGUUUUAACAUUAAAAUGCACAACCUCCCUAACUGUGUAAGUAGUUGAAAGUGCUAAAUAAGAGAUUUAUAUUUUGCUGUGCCCUUUGAUCAUGGUAAUCUAUAAAUUCAUUUUGUUCUAUCAUUGUAUACAGAAUAUUUCUACCUUCAUGUGCAUGACGUAAAAGUUUUUGUAUAAUACAAGCUAGAUACAUUGUGGCCUUAAAUAUAUAUUCAUGCAGAUGCAAGUACUAUUCAUCCUAAAUGCUCAGAUUCCUGAAAGUAAAUUCAUCUGUUGAUUAAUAUAAUGUAGUUAACAUUGUCAGCAUAAUGGAAAUGCUUCCAGUUGGAAAAAUGAAAUAAAGGCAGCAAAUAGUGGGAAUACUGGGCAGAUGAGUGAAAACAAUUAAAGCUUCUUUGCUUAUGCCUGAGAUUUCAUGGAAAAUUGUGAUUGAGAACCUCAACUUUAGUUAAGUUUACCUCAGGUGCAGUGUAUGGACACUGCUGCCAUUGACUCAUUGAUCAUGCCCUUGCCAACUGUAACUGCAUCUGUGCCUGUAGCAGGGCAGCUGCUCCCUGGGUUCCAGACUGAGAUCCUGUGCAGCCUCCUGUGCUCAGCUGUUGGUAGGAAAGAACAUGAGAUGAUGCUAUUACCCAUGUGAGUUGGAAGCGCCUUGCACUCAAACCCACAGGAAUAGAUUCCUCUAAUGUUGCGAUGUUCAAUGCCAUGAUAGACUCAGCAAUGGUAGACACAUCAGGAUCUGGCAAGUUUCAGUGAGAUGCUGAAAGUUGUGACUCAUUGCACACCUCAUUCUGAAGUGUGAGUCCACAAGCAAUUUUUCUGCUUCACUUGCCUGGGCAAGAGACCCACUGUUAGUCCUAAGGCAGCACACUGCUACCUAUGGGAAUCUGGGAGCUGCAGUAUUGCUGUUGGACAAUGUCACAAGAUCAGGUGAGCAAGGGAUUUCCUUUCAUCAUCAAUGGAGCCCAACUUCCUUAUUCCCUUUUAAAAUGCAAACAACAGCAUAGCUAGCAGCUGGCGUGUCACUCUUUGCUGACUCUCCAUCCAGUCAAUCAUUUGAGAGUGACCAACGCUCAGCAUCUCUGACUUUCUCCUGUGUCAAUAUUGGCAGCAAGUGCCUGUGAGCUAACCCAGUACUCGACCAUUCUCUCACACAGUCAUCUGUCUGCUCUAGCAUCCAGUUGUGGAGAAUUAUAUGUGUGAGCAGUGUGUAACGGUUGGAGUGAUACAACCUUCCCUGGGAGGAGUGUAAUUAUGAUGCCUGUACUUCUGCUUGCUUUUCGGUUCCCAUCUCAAUGACCAUGAGCUAGUUGCCAAUGACAAACACCUCUUUUCUCCAUCUCCUUCCAAAGAUAAUCAGUCUCCCUCCUCUAAACACCAUGUUCUUCACUGGACUAUAUCCCUUUUCAUCUAACUAUUGCUUUUCUAACACGUAGGGAAUGCAUAGAGGGUUAGAGCAUUUUCCCUUAGGAAUGGUACACUACCCUGGUUGAGUGGGACAGCAGUGCAAAUGUUGUGCCAAUGUCAUAGACCACAUCGUAGACGGAGUAUGAAGGCCAUUUUCAAGAAAAUUGGAGACUUCCCCAUGUACACGAAUGACAGAAUAAAGGCAGAAAGGGUUUGAAACCUUAACAUUUAAAUUAAGUAAUAUCAAAGUUUUGAAGCCAUAGAUAAAUGCUGCAUUUCUUGGAGGUUCCAGCCUCAUUUUGAAGGGAAAUUUUCUCUCCCUCAGUUUAUAUCAUCGCAUCAAGGCAUCUAAAAACCCUUCAGCCUCACCUCCAGAGCUCCUUUCCAUCGUGCUGAUUCACUUGCAUUGCAGUUGCUCAAAAUGAGCUUAGUGCAAUCAAAAUAUGCAGUUUCAGUUGAAGUUUCAUGUCGGUCACUUAGAAAUAAGUGGCUGUUUACCUUGAAUAGAUUGUGAAUUAAAACCCUUCACAUUACUGCAAAAUCUAACCAAGUCCAUGUGUCAAUGACUCUUAGUAAAUACCGAACUGUUGGCGUCAGAAAAAGCACUUGAGAGAACCAAACAUAAUAAAAUAGCAGAGAACAAAAUAAAACAUUUGUUAUUCUAUAACUUUAAAUUUAUAGCAUAAUCUAUGUUAUUUAUGAUUACUUUGUGGUCUUGUGAAAUAAACCUGUGCGCGGUAUUGAAUAUUAUGAAAAGUUCACCAUUUAGUCUUCUGUGAAUAAUUUUUAUUUACAGCUGCUGUAUGCAAACAUGUUUAAGCUGAUGAUAGAUUGCAAAACCUGCAGGUUACUAAUGAAUUAGAUUUUUGUUCUGCUGCCCAUUUCUGUGACAUUAAAAAUAACAGGAGUUGCCUUUUCCCACAGGUUUAGCUUUGGCAAUAGUAAAUAUGGGCCUAAUUUUUUCUAUUUAGAAAAUCUUUGUUGAUGCUGUAAGGGAGAAAUUAAUGAGUCUUCUGUUAAUGUUUAUAAUGGGUGGCAAAUGCUUUGUAUACAACUGGUUAAAAAAAAUAAAGUUGAAGACA